AUGGCGUCCGCGAUAUCAUUUGAGCAUUCCAAUUCGGGGUCCCAAGUGGCUGUGAACCACGGCUCGGUCACCAACUACUUCCACAUGCCUAUUGAAGGGACAGAGGAGACAGAUACUAUGCCUUGUGACCCCUCUCAAGCCCACUAUAUCAUCCCGUCCAUGGAAAAUCGUCAUUUCACAGGCCGCGAGCCUAUGCUGGAUGAGCUUAAACAGAAGCUGUUUAUACAAGGGGAUACUGAGAGAUUAGCUAUAUUCGGGCUAGGUGGCAUCGGCAAGACCCAGGUUGCUCUUCAGCUGGCCCGCUGGGUGAAAGCGCAUGUACCAGACUGCUCCAUUUUCUGGGCCUCUGCAAUAACUCUCGAGAGUUUUGAGCAGGCAUGUGCGAAAAUCGUAAAGGAGCUUCGAAUCCGUCGGAAAACAGAUGACGAAAGUGCGAUGGAAAUGGUGCACCGACAGCUGAGCUCUGAUGAUGCCGGAAAGUGGCUUUUCAUUGUCGACAAUGCCGAUGAUGAGGAUUUACUUUUUGAUGAGCUUCACCAGUAUUUCCCCGCUAGUAAGAGCGGCGUAAUUUUGCUCACUACUCGUUUGAGUGAGAUAGUGAUUUCUUUCGCCGGAAGGGAUAUCAUUGACCUCCAAAAAAUGACAGAAGAGGAAGGUAUCGCUUUCCUUAGUAAGAUUAUAGGAGAAGAGUCGACUUCUGGCGAAGAAUCCAUGAAACAGUUAUUGGAGGAGCUGAACUUCCUACCUCUAGCCAUCUCGCAGGCUGCUCACUAUAUUUGUCGAAAUAAUGGAACGACCAUACGGUACCUCGAGAUUAUGCAGAAAAGUGAGAAAGACCGGAUGCGUCUAGCGAGCAGAAACUUCCACGAUAGUACUCGCUACCCGAAAAUUCCCAACGCGGUGACUACUACAUGGCUCAUCUCAUUCAAUCAGAUAAGAGGCUCUGACCCGUCUGCUAUUGAUUUGUUGGAAUUUAUGUCUUUCCUUGAGCCAAAGGCAAUCCCGCGAUCUAUUCUCCCAACACUUGAUUCGGAAGAAGAGAUGGACUUUGCAAUCGGUACGCUGUGCAGCUAUGGAUUUCUGACUGGAAGAGGCAAUGAGGAUAUGUUUGAUAUGCAUAGCCUCGUACAGCUAUCAACACAAAUGUGGAUAGCAGAUGCACAGAAGACGAAACAGAUCAUCACGACGGUAACGGAGCAUAUAGAAAGUUGUUUCCCAUCUGAUGAAUACACGAAUCGUGAGAAGUGGAGAGUUUACCUGCCAUACGCCAUGAAAAUUUUCGGGAGAAAGGAAAUCAGAGAUGUGAGGAAGAGUUCUAGCUUACAUCUUAAGGUCGCAAGAUGCGUCCUAGCCGAUGGCCGAGCAAGAGAAGCUGACAACCUUCUUGGAGACGUGGAUGCAUGGACUUUGAGCCACUAUGAUGAAGACCAUCCCGAUCGACCGGUGUCUCAAGACGAACUCGUAGGGGCAGAUCAAUCGCCGGCCUUGGAGCUACUCGAUCUAAUCGCGCCUCUGAAUGAUCUCGCACGGGAAUAUCUUUCCAACAGGCAAUUUGAGCAGGGCAUGGACUUUCUCAAAUACGUGGUCGUGUUACGAGAGAAAACACUUAAUGAUGAACGUCUCGGUAGAGUGGCGUCUCAGCACGGACUUACGGAGGUAUAUCAAAUUCUGGGACUUGCUGAGCAGGUAUUGGAGCUUUCUAAACACGCGGACCAAGCCAAUGUUGAACACCCUGCUUCACUGGCUUUCGAGCACGAACUUGGACGAUUGGGUCAUUCCGCUGGGCAGAUCAAGCAGGCAUUGGAGCUACUUGAACACGGAAUCGCGGUAGAAGAGAACACGCUCGAUGAAAAGCAUCCUGAUCGACUGGCCUCUCAGCACGAACUCGCACGGGCAUAUCAAUCCGACGGGCAGAUCAAAAAGGCCGUGGAGCUACUUGAACAUGUGGUUGUAAUAAAAGAGAGAACGUUUCAUGAAGAACAUCCCGAUCGAUUGGCCUCUCAGCACGAACUCGCAUGGGCAUACAAAGCCGACGGACAGAUCAAGCAGGCCGUGGAGCUACUUGAACAUAUGGUCGCAGUACAAGAGAGAACGCUCAAUGAAGAACAUCCCGAUCAACUGGCGUCUCGGCGCGCUCUCCGAGUCGUACAGUCGAUUCAGACUGCAGAACGCGAACAGGAUGCUCUCGUCAUCUCCCACUAAUACUUGGUCAACCGUAUACGGUUAACUAUCUCGCCCUCUAGAAUGGAAAAAGAAAGACUCAAUGGACACACGG